AUGACCUCUACGAAACCCGACACGAUUGUAGAUGAGGACGCGCCCGGAGCACCCAUCUCAGUCCCAGACUCGGGAGACCACGGAGAAGGGGGCAAGAUCAAGAUGAUUGUGCAGCUCGUGAAGAAGUGUUUGGGCGUCAAGGACAUCGCUGCAAUGCGGUUGUCGCUGCCAGCUUCAUUGCUGGAGCCUAUACCCAACCUCGAGUACUGGCAUUAUCUGGACAGGCCCGACAUGUUCGCUUCUAUCAACGACUCCGAUGAUCCCUUCAUGCGAAUGAUAGCAGUGUUGCGGUUCACUUUCACGAAAGAUCUCAAAUUCGUACAUGGGAAGGUCUGCAAGCCGUACAACUCCGUCCUCGGAGAGCACUUCAGAGCGCACUGGGAUAUCGUACCCACUCCUUAUGAGAUCGAGGAGCCGGCAGAGUCAACGGAGACAUACAAGUCGGAAUCGGCAAGCCUGAAGAGCUCCAAGAGCACUACCAGCGGCGUUAGCUCAUUUACCAAGCCGAAGACUCCCUCUACUGCCCCCACCUCUCCUCAGCACGGUGCCACCGACGACCUUGCGGGCCAGAUGUCCAACCUCAACCUUACCACCCCUGUCCGCGUCGCCUAUCUUACGGAGCAGGUCUCCCACCACCCGCCCGUGUCCGCUUAUUACGCCUCAUGUCCUGCACGUUCGAUCGAAAUGUCGGGUAUCGAUCAGAUAUCAGCCAAAGUGUCUGGCACAACUCUACGUGUAGCUCCAGGCGAGCACAAUCAGGGCAUAUUCAUCAAGCUUACAGGCGGACCAGGCGAAGGCGAGCGGUACCACGUUACGCAUCCCGUUGCGUCUGUAAACGGCAUCCUACGGGGCAGCUUCUACGUGACUGUAGGUGACUCGACGAUUAUCACAUGUGAGGGAGGAAAGCCAGGACAUAAGUUCAGGACUGUCAUUGAGUACAAGGAAGAGUCCUGGCUCGGUCGCGCACACUUCCUCCUGGAAGGUGUCAUCCAUACCGUCUUUGACUCAGAUACUAAACAUUGCUCUGAAUGGACCAAGGUAAAGCACAUACCCCAGAACCGAGUCGUCGCAGUCUUCGACGGAACCUGGCGCGGGCGUAUCCGUUGGAAACGUGUUGGCACAGGCUCCUACCCCACAGCCGACCACAGUGGUGUCACUCGCUCGACGUCCUCCUCGCCAAGCCCAUCGCACGUCAAGUUGCCUACGCCCAACAUUCCUGCGGCAUCAUUCUCCAAAGCUGACGUCUCAGGUCGUGCCCCUGAGGAAGAGUGGAUGACGCUGCUCGAUUUAUCGAUCCUUGAGAUAGUGCCCAAGAUUGUACGGCCCUUAGAGAAACAACAUGCUCGGGAAAGCAGGAAGUUGUGGGAGAAUGUUACCGACAAGCUGCUGAAGAAGGAGUUCAGCGAGGCAACAAAGGAGAAAGUCACGAUUGAGCAGCGCCAGAGAGAUGAGGCUGCUGAGCGGAAGAGGAAGGGGAUCGAGCACGUUUUGUUUUCUUCCAGGACUAACGAACGACUAAUAAUGUCCAACAGAUUCGUUCCCAGAUAUUUCGCUAAGGAUUAUCUGGCUGGUUAUGCGGAGUUGACCUCCGAUGGUACUCAGGCCGUCGAAGAGGAGUUGAAAGAGGACUCCUCUUACUGUAUAGAAGGCGUUGACGUCAAGGCGACACUGGCUGCUUAA